UCAAAUAAACUCGUGCCUCUCAGCUCAUCUGUUUUCGCAGUCUUUAAAAAAUAAAAAUAAGUAAAAAUAAAAUUGCUCUGUAAAUAAAUAAAAAUGGACAAUUUUCAAAAUCGGGUUAAUUGCUACACUUGCGGUGUAUCAGAUGAGCCAAUUGUCUCCCUAAAGGUUGAAUAUUCCGACCAGAUAUGCGAAUUGUUGCGAAAGAGUGACAUUUUUCUACAAAAUUCACAAAUAAACGAACAAAUUUCAACUUGGGAUAAUUGUGAUCACUGUUUACAAUUAAUUUCUGAAUUGAGUCUCUUAAUAAGCAAACAGGCCGAAAUUGUGGAACAGAUUAAGGAUAGGAUUGCGACAGAAGCGAAGAAGAAAGUCGAGAAUGUUUCCGAAGCCCCUGAAAUCAAGCUUGAGGAAGAGGAGGAGGAAGAAGAGGGAUACAAAUCCGAGACAGAAUUCGAACCAUCCGAAUUUUUUUGCAAAAUUGAAGUAGAUCCUGACGCCGAAGAAUCGAUAAGUCAGGACAACGAAGAGGAGGAUGAUGAAGACGAGGACACAUUUACUAUACAAACUUUUGACCCCCCAACUCCGAAUGGGGCCACAACAAGUCUGGAAGAAUCGAAAAGUCACGACGACAAGAACCAGGAGGACAGCACCUUAAAUUCACAAAUUUUUGACCCGCCACCUCCUAAACGACUGGCGACAAGACUCGAAGGAUCGAAACGUACUCACGACGAGGAGAAGGACACCUUUGUUAUACAAACUUUUAAACCCCCACCUCCUAAACGGGCGAAAACGACAAGACUUGAAGAAUCGAAACGUCCCGACAAAGAGGGCAAGGACACAUUUACUUUAUUAAUUGUUGACCCUCCACUGCUCACUCUCACCGAAAAGGCGACAAAAAGCGAGGAAGCAGCAUUUACUUUAGAAGUUUUUGACCCCGCAUCUGGUACUUUUAUCAAACGGGCGACAAGUCCCCCCACCAUCCCACAGCCCAAAGUAAAAAAACCUCGCCCACCUCGAAAAUCACCUCUCCCUCCACCCCUACCCUGCCCCACGUGUAACAAACUAUUCCGCGGAAGUAAUGCCACAACUCAGCUUCGCCUCCAUGUCGACCACGUGCACGGAAAACCUAAAAUAAUCAUGUGUCCCUACUGCACCAAUAUUAUCGGUUUCGUCCAAGAACGGUCCUGGCUGGAUCACCUCCUCACACAGCACGAAACCCUGACCCCAGAAAAACCCUUGUCGUGUCCCAUCUGCCCAAAAACGUUCGCCAUUUCACAACUGCACGAACACCACGUGGCAAACCAUGCCAAAUUUGACGGCAAGUAUCCACUUUUCUGCCAAAGGUGCGACAAACGAUUCCAAACGCAAGAUCAGUUGGACCUCCACCGCACAAAAUCAUGCCCCCUCCUUGAAACGAAGGAAGCAAAAGUGUUUCCGUGUUCUCUCUGCAACACCAAAUUUCCGAGCCGGGCCAGAGUCGCGAUACAUCAGAGGUCGAAACAUCCCGAACUCUUGACGUGGAAGUGCGCCACGUGCGGAUCCCUCCAUUUGAGCGAAACUCAUCUCGCGACACAUUCCCUUCUUCACGGCAAUGCGGAUUCUUACGACUGCCUCGUCUGCACGAGGGGCUUCUUUAAAUCAAAAGACGACCUAAGUCUACACCUCACGACGUCCCACACCGGGGAGGAAACCAUCCCCUGUGGCGUCUCCGGCUGUCCCGCCCUCUUCCCCAACGUGCCGAACAAGCUCCAACACAUGGGCUCCGCGCACAACGAGGCCGUCUUCCCGUGUUCCUCGUGCCCCGAAAAGUUCGUCACUUUAUCCGCGAGGAUUGCGCAUGUCGAGCGCGCCCAUAAGGAUGGCGGCGCCCAAUCUUUUCCCUGCGAGUGGGACGCGUGUGGGAAAGUGUUCACGACUCAGGCCGCGUUGGGGAGGCACGUGAGCCACGUGCAUAAGGGGACUAGUCAGAGAACUUGUGAAACUUGUGGGAAGCAAUUGUCUAGCUUGGAGUCUUAUCGGUAUCACGUGAAGACUCAUAGCGGGGUGAAGGACUUCAUUUGUGAGAUUUGUGGGAGGGCGUUUAUGGUUCAGAAUAACUUAACGAAUCACAUGGUCAGCCACGCGGAGGAGAGGCCGUUCAAGUGUGAAGAGUGUGGGAAGGCGUUUGGGAAACGGUAUAUCCUUAAUGAUCAUGUGAAGAAGACGCAUCGUGGGGGGAGGGUGGCCAAGAAAAAAUUGUAGAUUCGGUGGUUACCAAGAUAACGCAAAAAUCGGUAAAAGCAGCACAUUUUUAAUUAAUUACUUCUCCGGUCUGGGAAUUUAUUUUGAAAUUCUGAACGGCUAAUUUUUUGAGCAGGUGGUUGCCAUUUUUUUAAAUUGUAUAGUUUUUGGAAACCUUCAGAAAAACUGGAAGUCUACGCAAAAGUUUAAAAUAAAUUGUCAGACCUGAGAAAUGAUUUGAAAUGUGUGUAGAUUUUACCGGUUUUGGUGAUCAAGUUCUGCGUAUUUAGUUAUUAGGCAUGACAAUCUGCGAAAUUUGUGUAGUUGGAAAUAUUUUUGGUAUUUUCUGACGAGUUAUUUAAUUCUAAAAAUGUGUAUCCAUACUUUUUAAUACAAAUGCCAAAAUAAUAUGUAUGAAUAUUUAAUCGGUGUUAAAUAAAUGAAGGACA